GUACCAUUCCAAAGCUCUAUGCUAAUUCGUGUAUAUUACUUAGAAAUUCAUUUGGUAUUGUCUUCAAUAUUAUUUAAAUUGAUAUCUUCAUGUCUACUAGUUUGGCUAGAUUAAACCUAGGAUUCAAAGCUGAUGAAUACAAGUAAUCUAUCUACAUAUACUUGAAGUAUGCAUUAAGAAUUUUGAAAUAACAACUUAUACUAGCUAGUUACUUGAAAGAAGCUAUAUUUCAUAUCAUAACCUAAUUUCAUAUGUUCACAGGUUUUCCUAGCUAAGGUUCCAAUCUAUUCUUGCAAAACCUUUGGUGCUUGCUUUCUUUCCACAAACUGUGAUAUUCGCAUACAAAUGUUGCUGCUCAAUUCUGGAUUGGACACAAAACUUAUUUUAGAUUGCAAUGCGUGAAGCUUACAAGCUCACGAGGACUCUUAGCACCAAGGCGGAAGAGCUCGCCGGAGCCUCAUUGCGACGGGUCUGCCGUAUAUUGACAUUUGGGUACAUGUGAAGUCUGACAAGCUUGGCGAUGCAAGCAUGCCAUUUUGCAAGUCCUGGUAUGCAGCCGCCGAGCAAAGAAUCUUCAUCUGCGGCGUCCGACAGACAUGAAGAAUCUGCAAAUUCUGAAGGUGGCGGUAAACUAACUUGCAUUGUCGCUGCAUCCGCAACCCCUCUUUGCAUUCUACUCGAACCUCGCGAAGUUGAAUCUCACGUCCGCUUAUAAUCUGUGCGGCAUGAGCCUGUAGAGAUCUCCUCGAUUUCGCCAAGUUUGCGAACUGAACGACUGCUGCAGCGAGUCGGAUGGAAUGCGCACAGUUGGCAUAUAUGGUUUGACAACAUGGCGACGAGAAUGAAAUCGGGGUUUCUAAUACAGGAUGUGAUGUGACUUGCCGAAUGCGCCGGUUGGCUACAAAUCAGCCUGCGGCUCAGAGCUCAGUGUGCUCUGCUUAGACUAGGCCUGACAGCCCUCGCAUUGGGGACAAGGCAAUGUGCUUUAACCGGUAUGCAAUCGCUCAGUACUACCACACCUGUACUUGAUGUAAUUAGAAGGACGAACUAUUCCACGAAUACGGGUAAGAAAUCGUAGAAGUCCCGCAUCCUUCAGGAGAAAUGUGGUGGUGUAUAAAUGCUCCGCUGAGCACUUUGCUUCUUGCGUUCUCGCUACAUCUGUUGUAGCAUACCGUGAUCUCCCUAAGUUCCUUCCAACUGCAGGCCAUCUAAAUCAAGCAGCCUUGAUCAUCAGUUCCCGAUGUGCGCACCACAGAAACCAAGCCUGUAGACUUCGAGCCCACUCAGAUACAGCUUUCCAUCUCUGCCCAUACUAGCACGACCAGGUGGCCAUGAGGACUUCGGCCGUAGUAUCCAGCAUGAAGGCCGCAGCUUGCGCUGGCGUGGCCGCCUUGAUGGCGCUGAGCGUCCUGCCUUGCGUGGUGGGAGCGCCGUACGGGUGGAGUGAGGCGCAUAUCACGUACUACGGAACAGCUAGUGGCGGUGGCACGCAGGGAGGCGCCUGCGGGUAUCCGAACACCUUUGCGAUGGGAUACGGGGCGAUGACCGCAGCGUUGAGUUAUCCUCUGUUCCAGGGCGGAAAGGCAUGCGGCGGGUGCUAUCAGUUGCGGUGCAAGUGGGUGACGCCAACCCGAACCGUGCACAACUGGUGCUGGAGCUACUCUCGCACCAUCACCGUGACCGCAACAAACUCGUGCCCUCCAGGGUCGCACGGAGGUUGGUGCAACUGGAGACCUCACUUCGACUUGCCAAUGCCUGCUUUCCUGACGCUGGCACGGCGUGAGGGAGGAGUGGCUCCGGUGUAUUACAGGAAGGUCCGGUGCGCGAAGCGCGGCGGAAUUCGGUUCACCAUCGGAGGCAACCCGUACUUCUUGAUGAUCCUGAUUCACAACGUGGGAGGGGCGGGCGAUUUGAAGGCAGUGAAGGUCAGGGGAGGAAACGGAUAUUGGGUGCCCAUGUGGCGCAACUGGGGCGCGCUGUGGACAUGCAAAACGAGGAUGAGCGGAGCAUUGUCUUUCCAGAUUACGACGGGCGACGGGCGCACUUUGACGACUUACAAAGCCGUGGGCGGGUACUGGAGGUUCGGACAGACCUGGGAAGGAUCCCAGUUCAGGUAGGUAGAUUGUAGCGGACCUCGACGCUGAGCGCAGCAUCGGUGGCGACAGUCGCUGCGACUGAUGGGGAAAUGGCGUCGCUCCGCGGUCCGAGAUGGGCGUGCAAAAACUGGACGGCCAUCCGUCCGUGCGAAGCGGAUCUCGCAGUCAUCAUGGACGAGACGACAACGUAGAAAGAGUGGGUUAAGUGUACCAAUAGUGUUCAUUCUGGGGAGCGCAACUAACUGUAGCGGUUUAGGAUACUUGGAACCAACGGAUUCCGCUGGGCGAUUGUAAAUGGAUUAAAUGAUUGGGGUACCUAGUCUCGUAUUCAGGGACAUGUAUCUGGAAUAAAACAGUCAAGCACCAUCGUUUGAUAACAGAAGUUUGGAAGAC